GGAGAUUAAGAUUAUGAGGAACAUAGUUAUAUACAUCAGGGAUUGUGGGCCAAAAAAUGACUUGUUUGUUAGAUGUAGGAUGACAUGACCAAAUCCAGUGUCUGAUGACAGCUUCAGUUUUUCAGCCAACUCUCCCAUUAUUUCACGUUUCCCAGCCUUAGAAAUCAGCCAUGAACUCGUUGUAAACAAGUUAAGAAGGUUCUAUUCCUUUCUCUGUCAUUUCUUCUAAACAUUGACAAGCCUCAACAGAUCUUCCCAGCCUUAUAAGCCUUCCAACAAAAAGAAUCAUCUGGCAACACUUCUUCCUAUUGGUCUCCUUCCAAUCCACAUAGUAGAUGUCAUGACUUCGCAUAUGACGUCAUCAUCAUGUAAACAGCUGUGAAUAGUUGGGCAAACACUACUCUUCUUCCACAUGCUGCCCCGCAUCCUGCAUUUGGGUGCUCAUCAUCAACUGGAUCAGAGGAUAGUACAUCUCAACAUCAAGAGGGUGUCGUUUUUCCUUCAACAAUCCAUAUACUUUGUCCAUCUCCUUCUGAGCACAAACCCAAUAGCCACAUUCUGGCUCACUUCCAGAACAUCGUGUUUCCCAAAAGUACUCGACUUUGCAGUGUUAGUUGAGACUCCAAGGUAAACAGAUUGAUGAUACUGAGCAUAAUGUGGCCAAUGUGGGAAGCUUCACAAGCUGUAGAAUUAACAGUCUCUUCUUUGCUAAGCAGAUGAAGAAGAAGGGUAAGAAAGGGGGCAUAUUGGGUUUGGGCUGGGUCACAAUGUUGGUGUGCUUGAGAGUAAUGUUAAAUUUUUCAGAAUGAAAUUUGAAGAAAAGAGGCAUAUUUUGGAAGAUCAUUUUGAUCCACUUGUAGGGGUUUGGUUGCUUGAGCUUUUCUAUGCUCAAGGAUUUUGGUUGCUGUGAUGGGUACUUAUAUUCAUUUGAUCAUUUCUAUUGUUUAGAUUAGACUAAACAAAAGUACUAAACUUAUAGCUUCCCCUCCCCCUGCUUGCAUAAAUUUCUUCUCAGUAUGGCAUGGUUUCAAACAGCAGAGGAUUGCCUUCAUUACCUCAAAUAUCUUAAACACAAUCAAACCAAUUCUACCCUUUAACAAUCCUUCAUGCAAUGUAGUAUGGGCAACAAUAUCGGGCUUAAAACCCUUACCACUCAUCUUCACGCUACACCCUCCAUUGAUGCACUUCUCAAACGUCCCAAGAGCAUCAAGCAAUCCAUUUCUGUCACAACCGCAACUCCACUUCAAGAAUCCCUACUGCGUCCAUCCUUCUUUAUCAGCCACAAACGUUGUAAUCUCAAUCUUGAAAGUCUUCAUUAAGAGAAGCCCUGUCUCAUCCAUCUUCAAGCAGCAACACCAUUGCCUCAAAAGUCAAAACUGCAUAUCCUCUUAUCAUCUAAUUUUAUGUCCCUCAAUUAUGGGAGAUCCCAGGCCCCCCGCUCUGCCCAACAGAGAAACUGAAAAGCCGACUUCCCAGGAUAUUUAGACUGUUCCAAAUAUCCUAAACCAAAUCAUGGGUCCGAUUGAUCCUACGUUCACCUAAAACCGCUCCCAAUCCAAUGUUAUUGCUAACAAAUAACAAUUCAUUGAUCACCUUAGACACAUUGUCAACCUCUUUUGAAUCCGCUUUCUAUUUACACUUUCUCACUUGAUCUUUGUUAAAUUUUUAAAACCCUCCGACUUCGCAUUCACCAUCUGUAGCAGUGGAAAACCCUUAAAAUUCAAGUACAUUUUGGAUCUUGGGGAUGCGGGUUAAAAGGGAAACUGUGAAAGUGAAGAGGCAAGGAUCCAAAGUAGCUAAUGGCAUAUUUUCUUGGAGAAAAGAGAGUGAAGAGGGGUAUGGCAAAAUAAAUGGAACUUGACAACAAGUACAAUGGGGACUAUGGUCAUGACGAGCAUAAAACAAACGAGACAAGGGCAGAGAGCUACCGUUAAGAAAGAGCACUUUCUGUCCAUGAAGUCCUCGUCAUCGUCGUCGCGACGUGAUGGUUUGUCAGCGAUGGGCAGAGCACACCUCGGUGGCGGCGCAGUAGAGGACGGAUUAGCCAUUGUUGCUGAGAAGAAGAAGAAGAAGUACAAGGAUAAAUUUCACAGAUCGGAGCGGCAAUCGAAAACUGGUUGUGUGAACGACGGAGAGCAGCGCUCAAAGCGACAACAGAUAGAUGGCUGUGAGUCGUUGGACGGUUCUCCAAGACAGAACUGUGGGUACCUAAAGAAGCAGUCCCACCUGGGCUUGUGGCCAGUUUUCAACUAG